CAAGGGAAAUUUUAUUAGUCCCACGCAUCGUCAACUUUCCCCUCCUACCACUCUCCUUCUGCAACUCCUCUCUCUCUCUCUCUCUCUCUCUCAGAACACAAAUGUUCUCUUUCUCGCUCUCCCACUUUCUUUUCCUGCUUUUCUCUCUCUAAAUGCUCAAAAUCUCAAUGUUUUACUCUCUUUCUACACAAUGAUCUAUCAAUCUUUCACCAUUUCUUGUUCUUCAAUGUCAAUCACUUUCUCUCUGCAUUCUCUCUCGUCAUGGAUUUGACUCCUCUUACUUGAGUUUUCGCUUCAAUUUCUUCCUCUCUUUUGACUUUGAUCCAUUGUCAUCUCACUACCCUUUAUUGACCCAAAUCCUCAAUUUUCAGUAUAACUAAGAAUCAAAAUCUUCGAACCCCUAUUUUUUUUCCUAUUCUUGAGAUUAUUGUAAAAGUGGGUUUUGGUUUAAAAGGAAAUGAGGGAUGUUCUCGUGGCUGGCAAGGAUAGCAAUGGCGUGUUGGAGACCGGUCAGUCGAUAUGCCCGUAUGAGCAAGGAUGAUAGUGUUAAUGAUGAUGAAGAUUCUUCUAUUGGUGACUCUCUUCUUUGGUCGAGAGACCUUGAAAAGCACUCUUAUGGGGAAUUCUCUUUUGCUGUUGUUCAAGCCAAUGAGAUCAUUGAAGACCAUAGCCAAGUGGAAACUGGUCGUGAUGCCACCUUUUUCGGUGUAUAUGAUGGCCAUGGUGGGCCCGAGGCCUCUCGUUUCAUUUCAGACCAUCUGUUCAAAAAUCUCAUGAGGUUAACUAGAGAAAGAGGAACCAUGUCAGAAGAAAUUCUUAGAAGUGCCUUCUCUGCUACUGAGGAUGGAUUUCUUACUCUUGUACGUAGGACUUGUGGAAUAAAACCAUUGAUUGCAGCAAUUGGAUCUUGUUGUUUGGUUGGACUUAUAUGGAGAGGUACAUUAUAUGUUGCUAAUCUUGGCGAUUCUCGAGCUGUAAUUGGUUGUUUAGGUAGAUCUAAUAAAAUAGUUGCUGAGCAAUUGACUAAGGAUCAUAAUGCAAGUGUGGAAGAAGUUAGACAAGAACUCAAAUCUUUGCAUCCUGAUGAUUCACAUAUUGUAGUUAUGAAGCAUGGUGUUUGGCGUAUCAAAGGCAUUAUUCAGGUAUCUAGAUCUAUAGGUGAUGCAUACUUGAAGAGGCCAGAGUUUUCCCUUGAUCCUUCAUUUCCACGAUUCCAUCUUUCUGAGCCCAUUCGUCGCCCUGUGCUGACAUCAGACCCAUCCAUAUGUUCGAGAGUCUUACGUUCCAAUGAUAAAUUUCUCAUUUUUGCAUCUGAUGGGCUCUGGGAGCACAUGACAAACCAGGAGGCUGCAGAGAUCGUGUAUAAUUAUCCACGUAAUGGAAUUGCUAGAAGACUUGUUAAAACAGCUUUAAAGGAGGCAGCUAGGAAGAGGGAAAUGAGAUAUGAUGAUCUUAAGAAGAUUGAUAAGGGAAGUAGGCGGUUUUUUCAUGAUGAUAUAACAGUGAUUGUCAUCUUUAUAGACCAUGAACUGCUGAGUAAAAAUCUAUCUGUACCAGAGCUGUCGAUACGAGGUUUUACAGACACUGUUGGACCAUCAAAUUUUAAUAUUCUCCAUGGGAUUUGAUGCCAUUGCCAAUGCAAGGCCCAUUAUCUGUAAGUAACAUGUCAUUUCUGGAAAUGGUCAUUUUGGCCACUGAAGGUAUGGCUCAUCAAGCUUCAGCUUUCCUUCUUCUUCAUGCCCUCACUUCUUCUGCGUGCUGUGGUUCCCUAUAUCCUUUUCUCUACCCUCUUCUCUUCCCAAAUAUAUUCUACCCAUUUCCCCGCAUUAUAGUUCUUGAGGCCCGAUUUCUUUACCACGUGUUAUGUGCUUUAUGGAGAAAAUGCUCGUAAAGAAGCUACAGAUAUUUCUUUUUGGGUUUAACAUGCUGAACUUUGUAUACGCUCAAGUUUGUACAAUUCAUACAAGAUGUUUUCAAUAAAUUACUGUUUGUUGUGCUAUUAUAUGUUGUUUCAGUUAGUAUGGACAAUUUGAUCUUUUGCAGGUUUAAGAUUUUCGAGCAUUUUCAUUUUGAUGAACUUUGGGUUUUACAUCCCAACUUUAGAGAGGACUCUGGAAGAGAAAGCUUUGGAUUUUCUUUCCAAUUUUCAAGAUUUAAGUCUUCCCUGUUCCUCAA